AUGGGUGAUUUGCCCAAAAAUCGAAUCACUCAGUCACGCCCAUUCGAAUGCGUUGGAAUCGAUUAUUGUGGUCCGUUUUUUCUGAAAGAAAAGAAAUUUCGCAAUAAGGGAAAAUUAAAAUGUUACGUAUCAGUUUUCGUUUGUUUUGCAACUAGAGCUGUUCACAUGGAGCUAGUGACAGAUCUAACGACUGAAACUUGUUUAGAAGCUAUUAGACGUUUUUGUGCUCGAAGAGGAAAGCCCUCUCACAUCUAUUCAGAUAACGCUACGAAUUUUGUUGGGGUAAAAAAUGAAAUUCUAAAGAUUAGAGCAUUUUUCUUGUCAGAAGAAAAUCAAUCCAUAUUAAAGAAUAGUUUAUUAAAUGAGGAAAUUAAUUGGCAUUUCAUUCCUCCUCGAUCGCCGCAUUUUGGAGGCCUGUGGGAGGCAGCGGUUAAGUCUUUUAAACAACAUCUAUAUCGCACUGUUGGUGACACUAUGUUCAUAUACGAACAAUUCAAUACAUUUGUAAUUGAGAUUGAAUCAAUUCUAAACUCCAGACCCUUAACCCCACUCUCCUGCGAUCCAAAUGACCUCACAGCCUUGACUCCCGCACAUUUUUUAAUUGGAAGAGUUCUUACAAAUAUACCGGAAACCGACCUCCGGAAUGUAACAACAAAUAGGUUGUCAAUGUGGCAGCACAUACACAAAAUAAAGCAACAUUUUUGGCAACGAUGGCAUAAAGAAUAUUUAAAUGAGUUACGCACUCGAAGCAAAUGGCAUCAAGGAACUGGCGCAAAAAUCACAGUUGGGAAACUGGUAAUGAUCAAAGAGGACAAUCUUCCGCCGAUGCAUUGGAGCAUUGGUCGCAUCAUCGCGGUCCAUCCAGGACAAGAUAGUGUAAUCCGUGUAGCAACUAUAAAGACACCGUGCGGAGUGUAUAAACGUUGUGUAAAUAAACUUGCGCCACUACCAAUUGAUACACCGACAGACAAUGCGUUGGUGACAUAUAAAGUGUUAUAG